AUGAAAUUCAGCACGAUCUUGAUUGAACACUUCUGUAUUGUUGUGGAAUGCAGUACAGUGGCUGAAGCUGAAAAUAUCCUUAAAUCAAAAUUAGUGAUGCCAGUUGCAAUUUUUAAGUUGAAAAGGAAGACAUGCUUCCCAAGAAUAGUCCUUUAUGCCAAACCAACUGCUGGAGCAGAGAUUACCACCUUUACUGCAGUCACCGUAUGCUCAGAGAAUCUGCUGCAAGCACAAAGCAGUAUUAAUGCACCGCAGUUCACAGUACCCAUUUCACUGUGUCUCAUCAAGACAACUCAUCACCAUGGAGGUCUGCCAGUGAGAGGAGGAAGGAAGCAGAGAGAAAACAGAGUGGCUUCAGUUACAGAAGGUGAAGAAUCGCCACCUACCAUUUGCUUGCAAAUGUUUUUGCUCCUCUGGAAAUGUUCGUUGUUCCUAAACAAUAUUUUUAUAAUUCAGGAUCUUCAAAAUCCAGUGAGAAAGAUAGUGAAGACCUUCUCCACCGCAAGUUUUGCCCCACCCAUCAGUGCCAAUGAGGAGAAACGAAGUGGGAUAGAGAAACAUCACUACCAUCUCUAUUGUCAGUGGUUAAUUAAUUAAAAUAACUACACUUAUACAGUGCCCUCCAGUUGCACAGCUAUCUCACAAACUUCUUGUUUCACCCUCACAACUAACAAAUUUUAGUAUCAUGUUUAGACCUAAGUAAGGUGCAAAUUAGUAUCUCUUCUUUGCUAAUAAAACAAAAUUGAGGUUAGCUGGCCUCUUGGUCACCCUGUUGUAAACGGCAGAGGCAAGAUUUUUACACUUGGCCUUUGGACACCAUAAGUGUUCUUCCUCCAAUUUCAUGAUCACCAGUGAAGAACCCAUAUCUGUUUAGCACUAGCUGAUGAGGUCACAUUGUUCUUUUCUGCAGGUUCUUCCGGAACAGAUAUCUCCCAAGACUCUAAUGCAGUGCUGAGUUAAUCAUCCUAAUCUACUGCAUAGCCAAUUAAGUAGAAAUAUUAGAAUACCAUGCUUGACUGUUAAAUACUCCAUACUGUCACUAUGCCCUUCUCCCUGAUCAAUUAUAUGGCACGUUCAUAACAUUAUUCACAAGAGGCUGAAUCUCCAUAAUUCCUCACCAUUGCAGGCAAAUACAAGUUUCCCUGACUUAUAAUCAGUAGAGUUUUUUAAAUAUCUGAAGAUGUAAAUGUAAGAAUAUACCUCCCUAGCAAUCUGUUCAAUUAUGAUCUUGUACACACACACAAGACUUCAUUUUUGUUGCAAUUUCAAUAUGCAACAGUUCACAGAAAUGUAGUUAGAGAACCUCUCAAGUUGAUACUAAUUUUCAAAAUGACUAAACAACCUCGGAUUUCUGAAAGAUUCACUCAGCAUACAUUAAAUCUCCUCUUCUCUGAAUUUUAACCUCGUGUGGUCCACACAGCAAGGUGAACCCUCGACAUAAAAUUAGAGGAAUGAAAUGUACCUGUCUCAGUUCUGUGGCCACCCACCACCCUAUAUCUGUAGAGUCUGCUGGAAACUCAACAGCUGGGGUAAGCCACAGUGUUCUUCUCCCUUAAAAGAUCUAAAUAACAAUUUAAGAGUGAGAAAGAGAGAGAGAACUGUGAACUCUUAAUUAAUGUUUGAAUGGUUUCUUAACUUUCUUAAAGACUAAUAGCAUAACAGUCUGAUUUUCAAAGGGGAUCAUUAAUUUCCCUUAAUUUGAAACCAUAUCCCAAAGUAUAUUUUAUUAAUAUUCAGAAAGGGAUAAAUGGGAGAUCAAAAGCAAUACUGCAAACCUCACCAGUGCCCAGCCCCUGAGGGAACCGUUACACUACAUUUUUUAUAUCGGCCAACCUUUUCCUUUCAGUAUUCAUGAAAACUUAGCAAAUAACCACAUUGAGUUGAUUUCAGAGACAUAUAUCCUUUGCUUCCUGCCUCAAACGUGAAACUCAAGCAUGGUUAUCUGACACAGGAAUGCACUUUCAGUCCAUCUUCAGUGAGCACGACUGUACAUGACAAGUAAAUGAGCAUGGCGAUGAAAUCUCCUGUUCCAGCGUCUGCCCUUGCUUUGUUAUUCAUCUUCCUCUGUCUGUGCGGGGCUCGCUCUCCUUCAAAGCAAGCUCUGGGGCUAUGGGGGAAAAUUCAGGUGCAAUGAACAGAAACCACUUCACUUGUUAGCCAAGAGGAUAUGUAAAGUGCUGACAAAUGAAAAGUUAACACAAUGUAAAAUCCAGCCUCAGUAAAUCACCUUUAAGUUUAAUAUCUGAAAGGUCCUAUCAGACAACGAUGCCCUGUGUUUAGUUCCAUGUUUAUCCUUACAUCAUUCGCAAGUUUCAUGAUGACUCGCUGACUGAGAAAAACUAUACAUUACAAUGCAAGAGUGAAUUGCAGCUAUUUAUUUUCAUUAUAUAAGACAGACAGCUGUGAAAUAACUUGUUCAAAGGAAGGCAAAAGACAAUCGAAUGUCCUGGGCUCAAGAUGAGCCAGCUGGUACUAUCAACCUCGCCAGGGAGGCUACCGAUUUAUAAUUCAAAUAUUGGAAUGUUUACUAUUAGAACAGUCAACUUCCUGGAGCAAACAUUUACUGUUUUGCCAGUAACGUGAGCCAAACUGCUAUUAUAUUCUGCUUAGGAAUCUUAAAAAGAUAAAAAGCUAUAAGCAACCAGUCCUACACAAACUCCCCAGUUGUCCACAAAGGGUUUCCCAGUGUUAUUGCCACUGGCAGAUAAAUGUGAUGGGCUGUGAUUUGAAAUGUAUAAGAUUUAAUUUACUCCCAUGCCAAGAGGCCUGGGAUUCCUGUGACUGAGAUCAUUCUUUAACUUAAGAUGUAAUUCUCUAAAACGGGUAUGUGUGCAAUCUGGUAACAAUUCAUACCGGACCACGUCAAAGAGUACUGACUUGCCACCACUUAGCAAAGCCAGAACUAGACAGAUAAGUGUUUACAGAAGACAGCUUGCUUGUCAACUCUCAAAACUCAGGACACUACAGUGAAGAGCAUCAGGCCAACCACUGCUGUUAGGUCCUAGUGCAGCCAGAGUGGAUCAGGAGAACAAACCAAUCCUGGAGCAAGGAGAGGCUAC